CCAUGUGGCCCCUCAGUCAUCGUCAGCUCUGCCUGGGCUUCCUGCUCAUCUGUGUCCUCUCAGGCAUCUCCUUCUUCCUCCAUAUGCACCAAUCCGUCUUUCGAAAUGGCCUAGACCUGCCGGUCCUGUGUCCAGACCGUCACCUGGUGACAGACCCCGUGGCCAUCAUCUGCAUGCCGGGUACACCACAGGCCCCCAACACCUCCUCUUCAUGUCCCCAGCAGCCUGCUUCCCUCUCAGGGACCUGGACUAUCUCCCCAGAUGGCCGGUUUGGAAACCAGAUGGGGCAGUAUGCCACCCUGCUGGCCCUGGCCCAGCUCAACGGCCGUCGGGCUUUCAUCUUGCCCGCCAUGCACGCCGCCUUGUCCCCGGUGUUCCGCAUCACCCUGCCUGUGCUGGCGCCCGAGGUGGACAGCCGUAUGCCCUGGCGGAAGCUGCAGCUACACGACUGGAUGUCAGAGGACUACGCCCUCUUGCAGGACCCUCUGCUGAAGCUGUCGGGCUUCCCCUGCUCCUGGACGUUUUUCCACCAUCUGCGGGAACAGAUCCACGCCGAGUUUAGCCUGCAUGACCAUCUUCGGGACGAGGCCCAGAGUCUGCUGGGUGGCCUCCGCCUGGGCCACACCGGGGACCGCCCAAGCACCUACGUGGGGGUCCACGUGCGCCGUGGGGACUACCUGCAGGUGAUGCCCGAUCGCUGGAAGGGUGUGGUGGGCGACCGUGACUACCUACGGCAGGCCAUGGACUGGUUCCGGGCCCGGCAUGAAGCCCCCAUCUUUGUGGUCACCAGCAAUGGCAUGGAGUGGUGCAGGGGGAACAUUGACACCUCCCACGGCGACGUGGUCUUUGCUGGCGAUGGGCAAGAGGGCUCACCUGGGAAGGAUUUUGCGCUGCUCACACAGUGCAACCACACCAUCAUGACCAUCGGCACCUUUGGCUUCUGGGCCGCCUACCUGGCGGGUGGGGACACUGUCUACCUGGCCAACUUCACCCUGCCGGACUCUGCGUUCCUGAAGAUCUUUAAGCCCGAGGCUGCCUUCCUGCCUGAGUGGGUGGGCAUUAAUGCAGACUUGUCUCCACUCCAGGCGCUGCCUGAGCCUUGAGAAUCAGGGAGAC